GGACCAUAUUGUCAUGGGACAUUUGACGGUUGGCUGUGUUGGCCAGAUACACCUGCUGGUUCAAGUGCAAUGGCACCGUGUCCUGAUUUUAUCACUGGAUUUGAUAAUACACGAAUGGCUUACAAGACGUGUGACGAAGACGCGACGUGGUUCAAACACCCCCUGAGCAACCACACCUGGUCUAAUUAUACGACAUGUGUCAACUUGGACGACUUAGAGUGGCGCCAGAGCGUAAACCUAACAUACGAAACGGGCUAUUCCAUAUCGUUGAUAGCGCUCAUCAUAUCCUUAGCCCUGCUCUCGUAUUUCAGAUCGCUGCGCUGCGCCAGAAUCACGAUGCACAUGAAUUUAUUCGCCUCUUUCGGCUUGAAUAACGCCCUUUGGCUACUUUGGUACAGAACCGUCGUCGCAGAUCCUCAGGUUAUCAUCGACAACGGGAUUGGCUGUCGAGUUUUGCACGUGAUCCUCCACUACUUCCUCCUGACGAACUAUUCCUGGAUGGCUAUGGAAGGCCUGUAUCUCCAUACCGUCCUGGUGUCGGCGUUCGCCAGCGAGCGUAAAUUAUUACACUAUCUGAUACCCUUGGGCUGGACGGCUCCCGGGAUUGUCAUAACAUUAUAUGCGGCACUUAGAUCACAAUCUCCGCCGGACACGGAACAGUGCUGGAUGAACGAAAGUUGGUACUCAACAGUUUUGGUGGUUCCAGUGUGCUUAUAUAUGGUGUUGAAUUUGGUGUUGCUGUGCAACAUCGUUAGAGUUUUAUUAGUUAAAUUGCGGGCAGGGCCUCAUCAUGGAGGAAGUUCAGGGCCCUCCAGUACGGCUCUGCAGGCUUUCAGGGCUACACUAUUAUUAGUACCACUUUUGGGGUUGCAUUAUUUAUUGACCCCAUUUCGCCCUCCACCUGGUCAUUCUUGGGAGCGCGUCUAUGAGAUGACGUCUGCUAUUACAGCUUCUUUUCAGGGUCUUUGUGUAGCAACACUGUUUUGCUUCUGCAAUGGAGAGGUGAUGGCGCAGUUAAAACGACGAUGGAAUACUUUGAUGUUCCGGCCUCGUGCCAACUCAUGUUCCGCUACAACAGUUUCGGUGAAUAAAAAUUCAAAGAGCUUCAUCCGGGCAACGUCGCACACAAUUCCGGGCGAGCAGAAGGUGUGACUAAACAAUAAAUGGCGACAGCGGAAACACGAGGAAGUCGAACAAACUGACAAACGUGCAA